AUGGGCAUUGAUGAAACGCUGAUCAUUCUAGAAGUGAUCGUUCCAAGCAGCAACAUUGAGCUUCCAAUUUCUCGUGAUGAAGUCAAUGAGAGCAAUAAAUCAGCAGAUGAAGUGGAACAACAAACAGAGAUUAGAAGUGAUGAGGAUGAUAAUGAGAGAGAUCGAAAUGUGAAUAUUCCAAGUAAUCGAAUUGAGGAGGAAGAAGAAAUGAAUUCAGAAGGAGAGAACAGAGGAGAAGAGGAGAAUGAAGAAGCGGUUGUGGAUAAUGGAAGAGAUGAGAAUGAAAUCGAAUUGACUGAGGAAGAUCUCGAAGAUUUGGCGAAGGAUCUUGGAAAAGGAGUUUUCGAGAACGUCAUGAACAAAGCAUCUGAAUUUGGAGGAUCAAAAUGGGAAUCAGAAGCUUCUGAUGACGAUAACAAUAACGGUGUGGAUCCAAAUUCCGUUGCCGCUCAGGCCGAGAUACCAUCAGAUUCUGGAAACUCUGGAGUGGAAGUUGUAGAGGCUGAAGAAGACUUGGAUGGUGUAGUUUUACCUGAUGAGGAACUUUCUGAGGAGGAAUUGGCUCGGAUUGCAGCAGAGAGCUCGAAGCCGAAGGAACCAGUUGUUCCCCAAGCUCCAACUCCCAGUUCCCGUGUUCGUGGUGGCCGAAUCGGAAGUGGAGUUCAACCUGACUCAGCCAGUCAACACAAUGUUCUCAUUCAAUUUAUCACUGUUGCUCUCGUUUUUCUUCUUCUCUGA